CUCCUCUUCUGCUCCUCAAAAAAUUUGCUACAGUCUUGAGCCAGCACAAAAUCCGGGAGCUCAUCAAAAAGAGAAAAAAAAAGAGACAAAAUGCUCGUAUACUCAAACUCAAAAAGCCUAGUUCCCCCUCAAAAAGCAAAUCUUUUCCUAAUUACAAUUUACCAUGAUGAAGAGAUAACCACCUAACAAAAACCCUAGUGAGCUUGCCCUAUUUAUUUUGUCCUCCUCCUCCUCCUCCUCCUCUCUCUCUCUCUCUCUCUCUCUCUCUCUCUCUUAAGGUAUCAAUGGAGGCGAGAAACCCUUCAUGCUUUCUUGGAUUUGGGGAAGGAAUCUCUCAUCUCUUGCCUCCUCCUCCUUUGCUUUUGCCUCCUCCUUCCACUCAUCAAGCAAACAACAAUGGUGAAGACUUUGAUAGCAGCCUCAUCAAGGCCAAAAUCAUGUCUCACCCUCACUAUCCUAAGCUCCUCUCUGCUUACAUCAACUGCCAAAAGGUUGGGGCUCCACCUGAGGUGGUGGCUAGGCUAGAGGAGGCUUGCUCAUCAUCCUUGAUGAUAGGGAGAGCUGCAUCAUCUUCAUCUUCAGCCUCAGUUGAGGGGGACCCAGCUCUUGAUCAGUUCAUGGAGGCCUACUGUGAGAUGCUCACCAAAUACGAGCAGGAGCUCUCAAAGCCCUUUAAAGAAGCCAUGCUCUUUCUCUCAAGGAUUGAUGCUCAGUUCAAGUCUCUCUCCCUCUCCUCAUCCUCUACAAGCUCCCUUAACCCAGUUUGCGGUGACAUGGAAAGGAAUGCGUCAUCAGACGAAGAUGUCGACGUGUGUGAGAACUACGUUGAUCCCCAUGCUGAGGAUAGGGAGCUCAAAGGUCAGCUACUACGUAAAUACAGCGGGUAUCUUGGUAGCCUCAAACAGGAAUUCAUGAAGAAGAGGAAGAAAGGGAAACUACCCAAGGAAGCUCGGCAACAAUUGCUCGACUGGUGGAAUCGACACUACAAAUGGCCUUACCCUUCGGAGUCUCAGAAGUUGGCGCUUGCUGAAUCGACGGGACUCGAUCAAAAGCAAAUAAACAACUGGUUCAUAAACCAGCGUAAGCGCCAUUGGAAGCCCUCCGAAGAGAUCCAGACUUAUGUGGUGAUGGGCGAGCAUCGCAUCCCCACUACUUCCUGGACAACGGCUUCGGCAAUGCAUACCAGUUGGAUGUUCCUCCAGCUCUUCUUUAAUCACUGAAAUCUAAGCAAAUCUAAGCUUUUUCCAUGUCAUGUCAACUGUGUGCUCUAUGAGUGUUGAAGCAUUAGGCUCUCAGUUGUAGUGGAUUCUAUCAUAACGCCUGUGUAUUAUUUGAUAUACUCGGUGAUAUGCAGUUGUGUUAUUAAGCUUUUAUUUUUUUCGCUUUUGUUUGAAUUGGAUAUUGUUGUUUUGUGA